UUUUCUUUUCUUUUCCUCUUUUUCUCCCCCCCCCUUCUCUACAUUUUCGCCCUUUUUUCUCAGUCCCAGAGUUAAAAAAGAAAGAAGAAAGAAAAGGAUUGAAAGCGAAGAAAGCGGUUUCAGCCUUAUCCAAUUCCCUCCCUCGCUCCUUCCGCUCUCAAACCCUAGAUUGCCGCUGCUCUUGGCAGCUCCCCCACUCCAAGAUUUUGCUCUUCGCGUUACGAUCGGGUUUACUGCACUUCCGGAAUAAUUGGCUGUGCGGCUCUCAUUUUGGCCAGUUUCGGACUAUGGGUUCAACUAUGGCUGGUGAAUUGUUGGUGAGUGCAAAUGGAAAUGGUAACGCCCAACCCAAUCCACAGAGGACGUACCAAGUUGUUGUGGCUGCGACUCGAGAAAUGGGUAUUGGAAAGGAUGGGAAACUACCUUGGAGACUGCCGUCUGAUCUCAAGUUCUUUAAGGACAUCACUGUGACCACGUCAGAUCCUGCGAAAAAGAAUGCAAUUAUAAUGGGUAGGAAAACAUGGGAGAGCAUUCUACCUGAGCAUCAACCUCUACCUGGCCGCCUUAAUGUUGUUCUGACUCGUUCCGGGAGUUUUGAUAUUGCUACUGCAGAGAAUGUUGUGAUAUGCGGAAGCAUGGCAUCUGCUUUGGAAUUGUUAGCUGCUUCUCCUUACUGUCUGUCAAUUGAGAAAGUGUUUCUCAUUGGAGGUGGCCAGAUAUUAAGGGAAGCUCUCAAUGCGUCUGGCUGUGAAGCCAUUCACAUUACAGAAAUAGAGACAAACAUUGAAUGUGACACUUUUAUCCCUGCAAUUGAUUCCUCUGUAUUUCAGCCGUGGUAUUCAUCCUUUCCUAAGGUUGAAAAUGGCAUUCGUCAUUCUUUCACAACUUAUGUUCGUGUAAGAAAUUCUGCAGUUGAAUCCCUUUGUGAAAACAAUGAUCUGAACUCUAAUAUUAAGUCAGACUCUGUGAAGUGUGAGGUGAAGAAUUUUUCUUAUCUGCCGAAGAUGAUUUUUGAGAAACAUGAGGAGCACAUGUAUCUAAGGUUGGUUCGAGAAAUACUCUCUGAUGGCACUGCUAAGGAUGACAGGACAGGGACUGGUACUUUGUCAAAAUUCGGUUGCCAGAUGCGGUUUAAUCUGCGAAGAACUUUUCCCCUUCUGACAACUAAGAAAGUAUUUUGGCGAGGGGUUGUUGAAGAACUUCUGUGGUUCAUUAGUGGUUCAACAAAUGCCAAGGUCCUUCAGGAGAAAGGCAUUCACAUAUGGGAUGGGAAUGCAUCUAGAGAUUACCUUGACAGUGUUGGUUUAACUGACAAGGAAGAGGGCGACUUGGGACCAGUAUAUGGAUUCCAGUGGCGACACUUUGGUGCCAGGUAUACUGACAUGCAUGCUGACUACACGGGUCAAGGAUUUGAUCAGUUGCUAGAUGUUACUGACAAGAUUAAAAACAAUCCGGAUGAUCGGCGGAUUAUACUCUCAGCAUGGAAUCCUUCUGAUCUCAAAUCGAUGGCACUCCCACCUUGUCACAUGUUUGCUCAGUUCUAUGUAGCCAAUGGAGAGUUAUCAUGUCAAAUGUAUCAGCGUUCUGCUGACAUCGGCCUUGGCAUUCCAUUUAACAUAGCAUCAUAUGCUCUUCUGACAUGCAUGAUUGCUCAUGUUUGUGAUCUUGUUCCUGGUGAUUUCAUUCAUGUCUUAGGGGAUGCUCAUGUUUACCGCACUCACAUCAGGCCUUUGCAGGAGCAGCUUGAAAAACUGCCCAAGCCUUUUCCAAUUUUGAAGAUCAAUCCUGAGAAAAAGAAUAUAGAUUCUUUUGCGGCUGCUGAUUUCCAACUGAUAGGUUAUGAUCCUCAUCAGAAGAUAGAAAUGAAAAUGGCCGUAUAGGGCUUUCAAAUUUUCAGUAGAGAGCUCAGAGACUAGUCUUUUUAUCUAUGCGAUGCUGCUGUUAGUUUUGAAGGUGCAGGAUUUGAUGGUUGAUGUUGAUGUUGAUGUAGAGUUUCAAUACAGAUGAAAAACUGGUAGUAGGAUAUACUUGAAGCUUUGCAUUUGUAGUAAUCGGGAAUCCCUUAGUUCCACAUACACUCGGACUCGGGUGGUUCUAAGGUGAUUUAGGAUAGUUUUGUGUUUUGAUUCCUCUGAUUUUUGAGCAUGCUUCGGUACUUUGUCACCUGGAUGGAGCCUCAUCACUUUGCUUUCUUAAUUACUAUGUUGUACUUCUAUAAUUAAAUGGAGUUGGAUCACAUGAUUUAUCUUGGCUUGGUAUAUGUGGUGGAUUAUGUUCCACGAGCUUAGGCUUGUUAUGUUUGAUAGGCAAGAAACAGUUAUUUUGACUUA